AUGUCUCCUCCCACGUUCUCCCCCAUAUCCCCUCCUGCGGUUCCGAACCUGGGCCGCUCAUCGUUUCAAAGACGUAGAGAGACCACAUACGACUCAGACGCGACGUGGGCACCGCCUCGUGAAGAAACCGCAGACGCGGAAACGGUGGUCGAUGCGGAAGAUGUCCAUCCCGGAGAAGUCGAUUCAAGAAUCCAGAAUGAUAUCGCUACGUCCAACGCAGAUGAGAUGCAAUACGAGUACGAUAACGACAUCAACAACGCCGCCGGCCCAUCGGGCACCUACCGAAACCCCCUCAGACAGGAUUCCGUCAUACCAGAUACACAAACGCAAAACGAUGCAGUAGACUCUAUCAUCUACCCUCCAAGUGGCCAAAUCAUUGUAACCGACGAAGACACAUCAAGCGACGCAUAUACCGACGCCAUAAUCCGCUCUCUCAUCUCCAACCCCUCUCCCACGACGCGGCAAACGCGCAUAUACCGUCUCGAACUCUAUAGACUACUCGUCUCCUACCUGAACGGUAUCAAGAACUUCGAUCCCACCAACUACGACUCCGCUGCGGAAGAACGCAUGGACUUUCUACUCAACCAAUUUCACUGCACUGAUGCUGAUGCCUGGCAUUCUGAUCAUAACGACAGCGCACUUCGCCUACAUCUCGCGUUCGAGAAGUGGAUGAGCAUGCGUUACCGUCUCGCCGCGUUUCGCAGCGUGACGGGAUAUUUUGGCCUGCCGGGGAGGCAGUGGGAGGAGUUUCUGAGGGGUCUAGAUGAUGUGCCGCAUGCGGAGGCUAUUUUGGCUUUUGUGGAUCUGAAGGACGCCGGGGAUGGGGAAGAGGGUGGGAGGGUGCUUGGUGAUGGGUUUGAUAAUGAUCUUAUGAUGAUGUUUGAUGGCUUAACGAAGUUUCAGGACUGUAAUGGGCCGGAGGCUUUCAAGGGUGUAAGGAAGUUUAAUGAGAGGUUGUUAGUGUGGUUCAGGGAUGAGUGA